GCAGUCUGUGAGUCUUCAUCGCGCUUUUUUUGAACGUUGAUGAAUGCUAUGAGGUUAUGAUGUGCUAUUUCUGGCUACAAAUAAACGAGCUCGCCGCUUUCCUGAGGAUGAAGAUUUGUUCCUGCUGGAGCAUUUUAAUAAUCGGCAGCCUUGCAAUCUUGCAAUAUGCCCGGGCAAACAGUCUAUUCAAAGCAUCACAAUCUGUAUGUGUGGGACCAGGAACAAGUUGCAUGACUUGAAUUCCGUGCCCUGCCCUAGAGAUGGGGGCAAUUUUGGAUAGUUCAGUAUGUGUUGCUAACAAGUCUGGAUCGAGGAUACCCUUUCAUCCCUCUAUUUUACUCCAGGGU